AUGGCUUUGGAGGCAUUGAAAGCCCGUCGUCGCAGCGACUACCCGUUCCAGCUCGAGUACAGGACGAGAUGGAGUGACAACGACAUGUACCACCACCUAAACAACAGUGUCUAUUACUACCUCUUUGACUCCGUGGUCAACACGUUCCUCAUCCAGCACUGCUCGCUCCACCCACCCACCUCGUCGACAAUUGGCCUUGUCGUACACUCGCACUGUGACUACCUUGGGCCCAUCGAGUUCCCGGCACUUGUAGACCUCGCCCUGCGCGUCAACAAGCUGGGCAAGAGCUCCGUCACCUACGAGAUUGGCGUCUUCGAGCGAGGCCAAGACGAUGUCAAGGCAGUUGGAGAGUUCAUCCAUGUCUUUGUUGACCGCGAGACUCGGCGACCUCACGAAGCCGGCAUGGGCGAGCAGCUGAAGAGGGGAUUAGAAGAGCUUCUGCCGCACAAGGCGAGGUUAUGA